GUGGCACCUAUCUGACAAAUGGCUAGUCUGUUUGAGUUUUUUGAUCAUUCUUAUUACCUAUAAUCGACAGCUCACUUCUUUGUUUAUUGUCGUUUUGUUAAACAAUUGUCGAUUGUGGUCAAAUCACAGCACGCGAAUGGUAUAACAAACAUACCAGACAUAAUAAGCCAAGCCUUUUUCAGCCAAUUAAUUUGUUAAGCGGUUCCGUCAAACUUACCUACGAAUUACUAGCUGACAGGCAAAUAACUUACUACAGUCUAGAUAUAUUCCAAAUAUCCAGAUAAAAAUUAGAGUAUUGAAGUAGUAAAUAAUUUAUUCUGUUCAAGUAUUAAAUUAUUUAAAAGUUAUCGAAAAAUUAAUUUUCUGAAUUCAGUUUGCUGAAAAUUAGAGAAAAGCGUGUGGCGAUCAACAUGGUUUCUGAGCUAGUGGCGGCACUGACGGCGGACCAGAUAGCGGAGUUCAAGGCGGCCUUCGACACCUUCGACACAGACGGCAGUGGGAGCAUAGAUGCGGACGAGUUGAGCCACAUCAUGAUAACCAUGGGCAAGGAGAUGUCCCGACAGGAGAUCGAAGAACUCAUCAACAAUGUCGAUGACGACGGGAGUGGGAGUAUUGAUUUCGAGGAGUUCCUGGAGAUGAUGGUGGCCCACAUGGGGGACCAGACGGAGGAAGAGGAGGUGGAGAGAAUGUUCGAGUGCUUCGACCGCGACAACGACCACUUCGUCACCCCCGGAGAACUCAGACUAGUAUUCAAAAAGAUGGGCGAAGACGUGACAGACGAGGAGUUAGAGCAGAUAGUACACUUAGCCGACAGGGAUGGAGACGGGAAGAUAGGCUGGGAGGACUUCUUGGCUGUGAUGUUGGAUAAUAAGUGAAACUUUAGUGCCAUUUUUAUACACAUUGAUAAUAUCGCAUUAAGAGGGUGUUUAAUUGUCUGCAGUUUAAACCCAAAACAAAACUUUCCAAACUAGUACUCAUUUUCAAAACUUAACCGUGUGAACGCAUAGCACUUAUGCAUA